AUCGGUGGUACUUUGAAAUACAGGACAAAUGAAUAGCCUUUAAAACACUAUUAUUAAUAUUCAACAUAUUUUGAACCUAUUGUACAUUGGACGACAGAGAGAGAUAGCGUUUGUUUGAGCAGAUUCUUUUAAACUGUUAGGGAAAGUUUGUCGGGAUGACUGAUAGUGCCAAUAAGGAAGCUCCUUCAGAGCACAUUAACAUCAAAGUGCAAGGACAAGAAGGGUCAAUUAUUCACUUCAAGAUACGGAAAAGCACACCUUUCAAGAAAUUAAUUACUGCUUAUUGCGAUCGACUGGGCGUUAAUCAGUCUGCUGUGCGGUUUUUUUUCGAUGGAAAUAGCGUUCAUGAAACUGAUACUCCUGGCUCGGUAAGUCAACCUUAUGGUUCACAUUAAAUUUUUAGUUGGAAAUGGAAGAAAAUGAUACCGUCGAAGUUUUCCAGGCACAAACUGGUGGAUUGUAACUAAAGAUUACCCUCCCAUAACUAUGUAUACAUUUCCCUGUUGUCUAAGUGACAUUCAUAGAUGAUGACUUGUCAAAAUUUCUGCUACGCAUUUCCUUCAAUAUUAUAAUUCUUGAAGAUAUUUUAUUACGCGCUUCUAAUGUGAGUUCCAGGCUCUAUCGUAUUUGGGUGGUAUCUUUUUAUUUCAACAUAUAAUUAGGUAGCCCGUGCUUGAAUACUGGGUUAUGUUACAACUAAUAAUCACCAUGUGAAAGCUUAAAGUAUGCGUUAUCACACUUUUCGGGCUUAGUAUGGCAUUGGAAUGGUGCAUGGUGACUUGUUAAAGUCAGUGUUCAAUAGGUAGAGUCUCAUUGUAAUCCACGUCGGUUUGUUGAAGACCUGACAGUUCAGUUGAUUGCAAAAGCAACUUAUGGCGGAGUUUUAGAACCUAUUCUUGUUUCUUGAGUUUUGA